UACUGUGAAGCUGCAAUAACACUUGCCCUCCAUAUAGGAUCCCUCCAUUCUAACGAUUUUGUUUGAACUUUCAGACCUAUUUUCUUUGCCAAGCGCGAGAGCGGGAUAUAUAGAGUUCCGGACUGCUCCGAUGGAGGCCCUCAACACCGCUGCAAACCAUCUUCUGGCGAUAGAAAGAUCCAUCCCCGUCGCAGUCCUACCAGAACGAGACACGCCUGGGGGUUCCAUCUUCUUAAGUAGCAUUGAUAACGCGGCUUUGUCCAUCAUAUCGACCGUUUAUACUUUCAAUAGGAGCGACGCGAAUGUGGCAGGCGUGAUUAAGCAUGCUCUUUCCAAAGUUUUGGUUUAUUACUAUCCGCUUGCAGGGAGGUUAGCUAAGACUUCUCAAGGGAAGCUGACCGUCGAUUGCGAAAAGAAGUUUGGAGUCCCAUUUGUGGAGGCAUCCGCCGAUUGUCACAUCGAAAAUCUGGGUGAUAUGCAAAUUAUUGAUUCGGAUAUUCUAGGAAAGCUUGUUUACAGAGAGCCUACUGAAAAUAUGCUGGAAGUUGGACCCCUUUUAACAGCACAGGUAACAAGGUUUAAAUGUGGAGGCUUCACUUUAGGAAUCGCAAUUCACCACUGCAUGGUCGACGGUAUCGCCGCAAUUAAUUUCAUGAGCUCGUGGGCUGAGUUAGCACGAGGCAAACCAUUAUCCCUUGUCCCUUGUCGUGAUAGAACCAUUUUGAAGUCAAGGGUGCCACCUCAGAUCAGCGGUCCUUAUGACGACUUUGUUCACGUGAGUGAUGUAUCGGACCUCACGGCAUCAUACGAGAGAGAGCAAAUUGUAUUUAAAUCUUUCCACUUUGACUGUGAGAAGCUGGCGACCCUAAAGAAAAGGGCAACGGCCGAUGGACAAUUAAUGAGCAGCUGCUCCAACUUUGUCGCGCUCGCGUCUCUAGUAUGGCGGGCUCGAAGCAUGGCACUCAAGAUGAAACCACACCAACUAUCGAAGCUUCUCAUAACGGUCGAUUUCCGAUCGAAGCUAAGAACAUCGAUGCCUGAAGGAUACUUUGGGAAUGCCAUAAUUGCACCUUGCUGUCUCUGCACCGCCGGAGAGUUGAUCGAUGAGCCGAUCUCAUCCACUGCAGGAAAAAUAAAGAAGGUGGUCGAGAGGGUGACUGAGGACUACGUGCGGUCGUCAAUCGACUUCAUGGACAUGUAUCAAUUUGAUCCUUACUCAGUGAGCUCACUAUUGAUAAGUUCAUGGUUGAGGCUGGAUUAUGGCUGCAUAGACUUCGGAUGGGGAGCGCCAUGGCAGCUCGGUACCGGCAACCCACCACCAAAUCUCUGCUUGUUUAUGAGGGAAGGGAGUGCGAAUAAGAAGGGUAUUGUGGUGGUGUUGGGUUUGCCACUUUCGGCCAUGAACACAUUCCAAGAGUUGGUUCGAAUAUAA